AUGAAAUGGGGCUUCAAUGGUGUCGCAAGCCUCCGUGUGUCAUUGGAUCGCAAUAACAAUCACGUACGACUGGAUCGUCAGCAACGAAUCAUUCACAACACCUCCAAGCAUCAAAAUGAAGGUUUCUUCGGGACUUCCGAGAACAUUCGUGAGGUGGAAUCAAGGAGCUGCUUGGAGAGAUACUAUGAAAUCGGAAAUGUUAUCGGACAGGGAAAUUUCUCUCGAGUUUUCUUUGCACAAAGGCGAAAAGACGAGAAACUGUGCGCAUUAAAGAUGUGCUGCCAUCCGAAUAUCUGCCGUCUUGUCGAUGCUUACAAGACGAGCACCAAAUAUCUGCUUGUCUUUGAAUAUGCACAGACGGCAUCAGCUCUUGCUUACCUUCACAACAGAAAAAUCGUUCACCGUGACAUAAAACCUGAAAAUCUCCUCCUUGUUAGUAAAAAACAG